CAAGAUUCUAGACGGACCAGUCUUGCUUUUAAGUUUAUUAACAUGGUUAUGGCUUCAACUGAACAUGAAGAACAUCAAAGUGAGAUGGACGGAUGUGGAGAAACCAAAAGCCAUGAAUUGCGUGUCAGAAAGCGAAGUCUUCUGCAGAAGUUUGUUGUUGCUAUGUUUGCUGAGGGGAAAACUGAUCUAGAAGUACAGCUUCUUGAUCGUGAACACAAGAAGAGUCCACUAACGCUUGAUUUUGACGACAUCCUGUUGAGAUUACAACACCAAAAGCAGAAACAACCAACAUGUUUUGGUGUCAUGGAAAACCAAGUUACAAUAGACGGUAAAGCCGACGAUCAUGCAACUGGUGAAGAGUUGUGGAACGCUAGAAAAGAAGAGAUCAAAAACACUACUGAAAAAGAUAUGUGGGAAAUGACCAACAGCGCGGGCUCUAAAACAUCUUUUUGUACCGUAUUUAAGCAAAGAAAACAUGGAAUGGUGCUUUUUCCGGAUGAUGGUAAAUUUGGUCUCUCUAACUCCGGAUUUGAAGAUGAUGGAGAUGAUGAUGAUAAGAAGGAAAGCCUUUGCGUUACAUCAGUUAGGAAGCAAAAAAAAUCUGUGACUUUCGAUCCUUCUGGACUUCUUGAAAUGCUGUUAAUGAACGGAACAGAACGACAGGGAUUAAAUCUCGAUCACACGCCUGACAACAAAACGAGUCCGAAUGAAAGUAUUCCAAAACAACACGGCGGAAAAAUCGAAAGAAUAGAAGAUUCCAAUACCACAGAUAAUUCACUAACUUCAGCGGAUAACCCUGAUCUUCAUGGUCUCCCUGUUCAAUCGACAAGUUCUACAUCUGAGGGAAGACGUCCAAAAGGAAUCAAACACUGGCUAAAAGAUCCAAACGUGUACAUGGUAAACCCUCCCGUUUCCAACUAUCCUUGUUUCUUGAUUUGGUUGACACUCUGUGAUGUUUUUCUCCUGCUUCAAUUUUCAGAUAGCCAUUAUCUUUACAUGUACAUGCCUUGCGCAGGACUCUGUGUACAGCUAUUUACCGCUAUUCCUCACAGAGAGAUUAUCAUUCCCCAAGGUAUAGUUCAAUCUGAUGUGCUCAGUUGUUUUCAAACUCAUUAAUAAUUAUAAUAGUCUCAUCGUGUUUUUAUCCUGAAUCAGGCAGCUACCGCUUAUUUUCCACUCGUCCUCCUAACCAGUGGCUCUUUAGCGAGUUCAGCCUGUAAGAAACUGAAAAGGAAAAUUGGAAGUAAGGUAAGAUCAGAUUAACAGCUUCUUCUAGCUGGUCACUCCACGUUUGUGAUAGUGGAAAUGCAUUGAUUGCGCCAAACGUCAGCUUGUUUACUUGUUGAUGAUGAGUGGCUGAGAGGGUCAAUAAAUCAACGAUCAUCUUAAUGACUUUAUUUAACUUAACUCGACAAAUGAACCAUCUUUUCUCAAGUUACGAUAGUUAGAAGUUCGAUUCCUCAAAGGAUUCUCAGAUCUUUUCUUUGUGUCUUGCUUGUUACAGAACCAAGAACAACUUUAUUUGUUAAAUUAGUUUUACUAACUUUCAUACUUUCAUUGAUAUGCACAUCUAGUGGAGCUACCUUCUGGCAAGCUUAUUAGUGAUGGGUGGCGCUGUUUGGAGCUAUUUUCAAACUUUCUCCACCAGACAAUCAACUUAUGCACCAGUGGUUAUGAUAGGAAGUGGUCUGUCCAUUAUGUACGUCAUGGCACUGGUCUUCAUCACCGAGCUGAUCGGGGAAAAUAAGGUUAGUACUUUGAAACAAGUUUGAAUGGUUUCGAAGAAAGAGCAAGUCGCAGACUCUGAUCAGUUCAGUUAUAGUGCAUUUCCAACCAGCCAUUUUUGAAUUUGAAAUGACAUGGAAUUUCUUUUGUAUGUCGCAAAACAAAAUCCAAACUAGUCCCAACUCUUUGUCAGAACGAAAUAAACUCUUACAAGCAGCUAUUGAGAAUUUAAAGUAGAUACAGUAUGAUCGCCUGAAGUUUGGUAAAAUUUCGAGUUACAUCUGAUCAGUUGAGAGACUAUUGCAAGUUUUCAAGGCCAAUCACAGAGGGUAAUGAAAAAGAACCGUUUCAUUCGCGGACUAGUUCCGAAACCCAUGAUCAGGGUGAAUAUUUUUCCACAGUGCUCUCUAUAAAUUUACCGUGAAACUAACAAGGAGAAUUUUUCUAACAUUCAAGACCUUUAUUUUGAUUGGCGAUCAUUUACCUUUUUCUCUCUUGACGUAAAUUUUUAAUUCAGCAUUGACACUGUGAGGAGAAGUUAAAGACCUGUUCGUCUUAUUGAGUAAAGAAUCAAAAUAUACGUAAAUGUUAGUACUAAUGAUGGUUUCUCAUCUGAGACCAAUGAGUUAAUACGGUGAUUUCCUGUCAGGAAACCAGUGGAUCAGUGUUUUCCAUUAUCACCGUAAUCGCCAGAAUCUCAAGCGGUGCACUUAUCAUUGGUAUACAGGAAUUUUAUCCGGAAGAAAGGUUGGUCUAUCAAAUCUUUAUUGUAAUUUACCCUAGAAGGAACAAGAAACAUGCUAUAUAAAACGUUUAGAUGACUAGCCGAUUUGUUAAAACUCGAAAAGUACAUUCAACAUGUUUGUCUUUACUAGCUUGACCAGGCCAUCCUUGACAAUUUGAAAUUUUAACAACAGUUUUAAAGUUAUGCACGAUUUAGUAAACUCCUCAAUUCCUUUAUUUAAUUUAGAACCAGCUCAAAUGAAGCGGUUAACAACUACGUACGGCAUGUGUUUGUAAUGGCGCCUGGAGUAUUAACUCUGGUGGGAUUCUUGCUGGUUUUGUUUUUCCAACCAUCUAACUUUAUCUGCAAAAGUAAAGGU